GGGGAGGGGAGGUUGAAGCUGUCUUUGCAUCAAUGAGCCUGUUGAUCAGAAAAGACCACUGGACUGGCAUUGACACAGUUCACUGACCAGACCAGAAGAAAAUAACACUCAUCUUUCAUCUCAGGUCCUAUUUAAGCCAGACGUCCCUGACGUUCAUGCUACCUCAGAUACUGACACCUGUCCGGAUUUACCAAGCUACAGGAUCCUACCAUGAUCUUACCUGUUGCUAUACUGAUUAUUUUCUUUUCUUAUGCUGAUUCAGUUGACUACUGUUACAAUGAGCCACACUGUGAUCCUUAUUCUUGGGGAGACGCAUUCCCAUCGUGCCAUCCUUUGCUUGAAGAACAUCACUCUCCAGUCAACCUGGACCACCACAUGACCCGGAAUGACUCGCUGGGGUCUUUGCACCUGGAGGGGUUUGACACGAUCCAGUCGGGGCACUGGAUGCUUGAGAAUGAUGGACAUUCAGUUGUACUCCGGGUUGGCAGUGGCAUGUCAGUCAGCGGUGGUGGUCUUCCAGGUGUCUACCACACCAUCCAGCUCCACUUCCACUGGGGAGGCCCAUCCUCGAAUGGAUCUGAGCACACAGUGGACAGAAGAAGAUACCCAAUGGAGAUGCACAUCGUUAAUAUGAAGUCCAUCCAUCCAAAUUUGUCAGCUGCACUGGACGACCCAACAGGCCUCACUGUUCUUGGAUUCUUGAUUGAUGUUGUUUAUGCAGAUAAUUUACACUUUGGGCACAUAUCACAAAAACUUUCCUCUGUUGCUUACAAAGGCCAGACAACUAAAGUUGAACCAUUUCCACUGCUCAACCUUCUCCCGAAGCACAAUAUGAGCCAGUAUUACCGAUAUUACGGCAGUCUGACGACUCCGCCGUGUUCUCAGGUGGUUGUGUGGACUGUGUAUGAAGUCCCAAUCUACAUCUCGUGGUCCCAACUAGCACAGUUUACCUCACAGAUAUUCUCAACGGAGGAGGAUGCAGAGCAGGUGACACCUUUGCAGAACAACUCCCGACACAUCCACGCCACCUUCAGUCGCAUCGUUUCUGCAUCCAAAGAUGCCAAACUACUCACAAUGGCAGUUAAUCAUUGCAUCAGGUCAACUUUGUCACUGUAUCUGCUUCAAAUAAUUUUACUGGGAAGCCUCAUCUCGGAACUUUAGCACUGCAUUAACAAACUCUGCAGUCUUGGAACGA